AUGAUUUCACUUGUGCAGGGAGUUGCGCUGGUAACGGGUGGAGGGAGAGGUUUAGGCAACGCAGUCGCAACCUCUUUCGCACAACACGGAUGUCAAAAGAUUGUCAUUUUGGACGUGCUUCCCAAUGAUAUCAUGGAAACGGCCAAAGGGGAACUUGAAAAGCUUGGAGUCGAGGUAUUGACGCUCGAUUGCGAUGUCUCUGACGAGGCUGCUGUGCAACAGGCUGUUCAAGCUGUAGUUGAUAAAUUUGGUCGUAUCGAUUUUGCUGUCAACUGCGCGGGCAUAAUUGGGCCUCACCAAACAACUGACAGCAUGGACAUUGAUGCCUUCAAUAAGACGAUACGAAUUAAUACAAUCGGCGUGCUUACUUGUAUGAAGUAUCAAAUUCAGCAGAUGAAAUGUCAAGAGCCAAUUAAGCUAGCACAUCGCGAUUCAUCCCAACGUGGUGCGAUUGUGAACUUCGCAUCCGUCAACUCUAUACUUGGGUCACAUAGUAUCGGUGCAUACGCUACAUCCAAGCAUGCCGUUCUUGGCCUCACCAAGACAGCGGCACUCGAAAAUCGGGACAAACAAAUUCGGAUCAAUUGUUUAUCUCCUGGAUACAUCUGGAGUGCGAUUGCAGAGCAGACAAUCAAAAGAAUUCCAGAAUCUGUGGCUAAGUGGAAUGAUAGCCAGAUGCGACAAGGGCGAACCUGCUAUGCAGAUGAGAUUGGUGAUGCGACUGUAGCUCUAUGCAGCCCGUUGUUGAGCAUUGUGAAUGCUCACAACUUAGUAUGCGAUAAUGGUUUCACGCAGACAGCCGAUCGGGGUUAG